AUGCAGAUAUGGCGACGGUCCUUCGUUACUUCUGUUGCUAGACUUAGCAACAGCUCAAAGACUCGUCCUUCUGUUUCGAGAUGCGCCCAGAUCCUGCAAUCUAGCAAAGGCGGGACCUGCAGCUUCGAAGACCAAGAAGUCAAAGUGAACGGCUUCAUCCGCAGCGUGCGGAAACAGAAGCGCUUUGCCUUCGCGGAGAUUUCUGAUGGCUCGACUGUGGAGCCAAUGCAGGCAAUCCUAAAACCUGCGCAAGCAGCGGAUUUAUCAACCGGAACAGCUGUCGAAAUCUCAGGAUUAUGGAAGGCCUGUCCACCAGGGAAGGAGCAGACUCAUGAGCUUCAAACAACCGAGGUGAAGGUUGUCGGCGCAUCAGACCCAGAGACGUUCCCAAUCCAAAAGAAAUACCACAGCCCCGAUUUUCUGCGCCAGAUCCCCCAUCUUCGCAUCCGAACACCCUUCAAUUCCCUCCUCGCACGCUUCCGGUCCGAGUGCAUGUUCCAGCUUGGCAAUGUCUUCCACUCCCACCCAAACGGCGGCUUUACCCAGGUUCAACCUCCAAUCAUCACAUCCUCGGACUGUGAAGGUGCAGGUGAGACCUUCACGUUAGCACCGCGCGGUGCAGCUGCUACGCCCAGCCCCGAGAAUGAGCAUUUCUUCCGAGCACCUAAAUACCUCACUGUGUCGUCGCAAUUGCACUUGGAAGCCUAUGCGGCAGAUUUAGGUAAUGUCUGGACAUUGACACCAGUAUUCCGGGCCGAGAAAAGUGACACACCGCGCCAUCUCAGCGAGUUCUACAUGCUCGAAGCCGAAGUCAACUUCAUGUCCGAUCUCGAGUCACUUACCGGUUUGGUGGAACACAUGCUACGCGAUUUGACGCGCCGUCUAUAUAAUACUACAGUGGGCCAGGAGAUCCUGUCGGCUAAGCGGUCUGGCGAGCCAGGACAAGAAACCAACGUUGAAGGGACUGACGCUUUGCGUAAACGAUGGACUGACUUGAUGGAUGGCCCGAAAUGGGACCGCAUCACAUACACCCAAGCCGUGCAAAUGUUGCAGCGUGCUAUUACUGAGAAGGGGGCAUCGUUCGAACAUCCCCCAACGUGGGAUGGAGGCCUUCAGCUCGAGCACGAAAAGUACAUCGUUGAGGAGCUCCACCAGGGCCGUCCGGUCUUCGUUACAGACUACCCGAAAUCCGUCAAACCGUUCUACAUGGCGCCUUCGCAGAUCGCUGAAGGAUCCAACACUCAGGGUGAGACGGUGGCAUGUUUCGAUCUCCUUCUCCCUGAGGUCAGUGAGGUUGCCGGGGGUUCCCUGCGUGAACACCGUUUGCCCGAACUUAUCCAGAACAUGCGUGAACACGGUUUGAUUAAAGCUCGAGAGGCUCUCGAGGGGAAUGAAGCCUCGCUUGAGUCGCUGUACCCUCAUCUUUCUCCUACCGAGGAUCUGAGUCACCUUCAAUGGUAUGCUGACCUCCGACGCUGGGGCUCUGCUCCUCACGGAGGGUAUGGACUUGGCUUUGAUCGGUUCUUGGGAUACUUGAGUGGCGUUUCUAGUGUCCGGGAUAUUGUUUCUUUCCCAAGAUACUAUGGUCGCGCGGAUUGCUGA